AUGUGGUGCUACGUCGCGCUCUUCAGUUGUCUUUGGGCCGUGCUCUGGUUUUGGCGUGACCGACAGACUUUGAGCUCCUUCAAGGAUAAGUAUGUUUUCAUCACGGGCUGUGACACGGGCUUUGGCAACCUGCUGGCCAAGAGACUUGACAAGAAGGGCUUCCAGGUGCUGGCAGGUUGUCUGACUCAGAAAGGGGCAGAUAACCUACAGCGUGCGAGCUCGCCAGCCCUGCGCACCACCCUGCUUGAUGUCACCAGCUCCGAGAGCAUCCGCAAAGCGGUGGAGUGGGUGAAGGCAGAAGUGGGUGUAAGAGGGCUCUUCGGUCUGGUGAAUAACGCAGGCGUGGCCAACCCUAUUGGCCCCACAGAGUGGAUGAAUGUGGAGGAUUACCGUAAAGUCAUGGCUGUUAAUACUUUUGGGGUGAUAGAGGUCUCCUUGGCCUUUCUGCCUUUGCUCAAGCAAGCACGUGGCCGUGUGGUCAACACCUCCAGCGUCUUGGGUCGCCUCUCAGCCAAUGGCGGUGGCUACUGCAUUUCCAAAUACACUGUUGAAGCCUUCUCCGACAGCCUCAGGAGGGACAUGUACCAUUUUGGAGUAAAGGUCUCCAUUGUGGAGCCAGGCUUUUUCAAGACCGCCGUGACCAAUCUUGACUCGAUAGAGGCCUCAUUGCGACAGCUCUGGGACCGCAUGAGCCCCGAGACCCAGCAGAGCUACGGCAAAGACUUCUUCCCAAACUGUGAGUGUUUGUACCUGAAGGUGCAGAAGUUCAUCAUGAACAUCAUCUGUGACCCAGACCUCAGCAAAGUGACCGACUGCAUGGAGCAUGCCCUGCAGGCCAAAUACCCUCGUUCCCGUUAUAGCGCUGGCUGGGAUGCCAAGUUGGUGUGGUUGCCAGCCUCUUACCUACCUGCCUUCCUGGUGGACAUUGUUCUGGCUGUCAUUCUCCCCAAGCCUGCCCAGCGGGUCCGUUAGACUCCAAUGCCUCUUCCUUUGCCCAAACCUGUGAUCCAACUCUCAGGCAGACCACAUUUCUAGGCAAUUAUGAGGAAAUAAAAGAUGCAAUCAUUGAAAGA